AUGUGCAUGUACACCCUGGCCUGUCUACUGUUGCUAGCCCCAAUUCUGACUUGUGCUCUGAUUUCUGCUUCACGUAAGAGCCUGGGUUUUCUGCAUGUUAACACUAGAAGCUUAUUCACAGCUCCAAUCCGGAUGUGUUGGUCAAUACUGAGACAUGGUUAAGAAAGAGUGUUCUGAAAACUGAUGUUAACCUUUCUGGUUAUAACCUUUUUCGGCAAGACAGAUCUUCCAAAGGCUGUGGAGUGGCAAUCUUUACCAAGGAACACCUUCAGUGCUCAGUUGUCUCCACCAAGUCUGUCCCCAAACAAUUUGAUUGGCUGGUUUUAAGCAUUAAGCUUUCAAAUAGCUCUUUGUUGACUGUUGCUAGGUGUUAUCAUCCACCAUCAGCACCGGCCUGUACCCUACCUGCCCUAAGCUCUCUCCUGGCCCCUUACACUAAAUCUGAAUUUGUCCUGCUAAUUGACCUAAACUGGGACAUGCUUAACCCUCCCGUUGUCCUAGGGUCAAAAUGACCCGCCACUGUGUUGAACCAACUUUAUUUUGGAUCAUGUGUGAGAAGGAGGCAGUUAUACUUUAUAUAAAGUCUCACUGCCUCCUUCUCACAAAUGAUCCCAAAAAUAUAAAAAUUAAAUAAAGUUGGUUCAACACAGUGGCGGGUCAUUUUGACCCUAGGACAACGGGAGGGUUUUAAACCACCUGACCAAGUCUUAACACGAUGGGACUCCCUAAAUCUCUCUCAGAAUAUUACCAAUCCCACAAGGUAUGACUCCAAACACACAGAAAAGGCUACUCUCCUUCAUGUUAUCCUCACAAAUAAUCCUGAUUGGUAUCUGUCUGGUGUGUUCUGUAAUGACCUUAGUGAUCACUGUUUUACAGUCUGUGUUCGUAAUGGCUGCUCAGUUAAACAACCUGUCCUGA